AUGAUUGCUGAAAAUGAUGAUUUAGUCGAUAUAAUUCUUUCUUGUAAAAAACUUAUUCAUGUUAACAACAUGACCGAGGAAGAUGAUCCUGAAUUAAGGUUAAGACAAGAAUAUCGUUACAUAUUAAGGGCACACUUCAAGUUUAAUUGUGAUGCAGUUUAUCGACCAAGAAAUUUGGAUGAAAUAAAUGAGAGAAUUAGAAACCAUAUGACAGACAAAGAAAGAAUUCAAAAUGAAAUGGGAAGCAUUAAGGAGCUGCUAAGACAAUCACAAGAAAGUGCCGAAAAUGCAGAAGAAACUGCACAAAAAAAAAGAAGAAAAUUACAACAAGAAUUUAAAGAAACUCUGAAAUUUAUUUAA